UGUGCGGUAAUGGCCGCCUGGAGGUUCCCAGGGAGACGCUGUUGCUGCGAGUUAAAUCUAUGUCAGGCACUCACAUUGGGUUCAAAGCUUCUCUUCUCCUCGCUUUUAAUAAUUAAACCAGAAUAAUGAUAGCUGCACCCCUGUGUUGAAGUGAGCGCUCCUGGGGCCGAAGUCGGUCCUUUUAUUUAAAUGUGUUUCUUUUUGUUCUGGAAGCUUCUCCCAUCUUUGGAUGCAAGUUACAGGUUGGUAGAGUUGUAGGAAUGGGGACAUACACUGUCUGAACAUCAAACCUAUAGCUUUCUACAAAUCAGAACAGCCAAUGCUGCUAAGAAUGAGAUAGCAGUAAACUUCAGAGCUGCAAAUUCGGUUUAUUUGGCUAAAACAACCGAAUGAGAGGUUGUGUGCCUCGAAUUCUGCAGAAUGUUUGGGGAUAUGUUUGAAGAAGAGGAAGAUGCUGGCUUUGUGUGUGAGAACAAAACUGUGAAAGGGCGGAAAUCCAGGAAAAAGGACACUGACCCACCACCGCAUCGGGCAGCCAGUAACCUCAGUGGAAUCAAAAACCAGGGAGGCACCUGCUACCUCAACUCGCUGCUUCAGACCUUACUGUACACGCCUGAAUUCCGAGAAUCAUUGUUUGCCCUGGGGCCUGAGGAACUGGGAUAUUUAUCAGACAAAGACAAGCCAGAGUCAAAGGUUCGAGUCAUCCCUCUAGAGCUGCAGAGGCUUUUUGCACAGUUAUUGCUUGCAGACCAGCUAGCAGCAUCUACAUCUGACUUAACUGAUAGCUUUGGCUGGACAAGUAAUGAGGAGACCAGUCAGCAUGAUGUACAAGAAUUAAACCGAAUUCUCUUCAGUGCACUUGAAAGCUCUUUAGUCGGAACCUCUGGACAUGACCUCAUUAACAGACUGUACCACGGAAUAGUCGUUAACAAGAUUGUUUGUAAGGAGUGCGGCAAUAUUAGUGAAAGACAGGAGGAUUUCCUGGACUUGACUGUGGCUGUGAAGGGUGUCAGUGGACUGGAAGAAGCUCUGUGUACCUUCUAUGUUGAAGAAGAAGAUUUUGAUAAUGAUAACCUCUACCAGUGUGGAAGAUGUGAGAAACUGGUUAAAGCAACGAAGGCAGCGAAGCUCCGGCACCUCCCCACAUUCCUCACCAUUUCGUUGCUGCGUUUCAACUUUGAUUUUGCUAAAUGUGAGCGUUACAAGGAGACAGGACGCUACUCCUUUCCAGUCAGACUCAAUUUGCGGCCCUUCUGUGAGCAGGAUGAACUGCCAGAUUCUGAAUAUGAGUAUGAACUCUUUUCUGUAAUCAUCCACAAAGGAGGCUGUUAUGGAGGCCAUUACCAUGCAUACAUCAAAGAUAUUGACCAGCUGGGCACCUGGUUCUCUCUAGAUGAAGAGAAUGUGGUGAUCAACUCAACAAAAGAUCCAACAAAUGUAGACAACCUGCUGGAAUUGGGAGAUCCCCUAGAAAUCCUGAGAACUAUUCUAGGCCAGAUGGGACCUGAUGGCAUACUGGUGGAUCAGCUGGGCCAGAAAUUGUUGGAGAAAGUUGGUGUUGCAUGGAACAAAAGAUACCGCAAGCAACAUGGCUCUUUAAGGAAGUUUCUGGAGAGUCAUCCUGAUGUGUUUCUGCUAAAGGCAGAUGGAACACGGGUUGCUGUAAAACAGACUGAUCGUGGUUGCCCAGGGCAACAGCCCAAUACAUCCAAAGCCAAGACAGGAGCCAAAGCACAGACAGGAAAUUGCAAAGCAAGCAUUGCACAUGCCUAUGAGACAGAAGAAAGACAACCUAGGACACCUGAUUCUGAAGUACACUGGUUUGAUUUUGAUGAUUCCCAAGUGCGACCUAUCCAGGAGAAGGACAUUGAGAAGCAGUUUCAGGGCAAGGAGUGUGCCUACAUGCUGUUUUAUAGAAAAUCUCAACUACAGCGACCAGCAGAGGCCCGAGGAAACUCAAGGUACAAAGUACCUCCCGACUUGCUGGAAGAGAUAGCUAACCUGGAUGCCAGUCUUCAAAAGCAAAGGGCAGAGUUCGAUUCUGCAGCCAAUAACAUUGAAGUCCAUCUUCACCUGGGUCCUGAAUAUAAGUUUGAUAAUGGUGCCCUACACCCAGCUUCCUCCCAGAAAGAUAGUGUGUUGACAAUAACUAUUGAUAGGAGGAAAACGGUUGGUGAUCUCAGACAGGCUAUUUUCCAGCUGUUGGAAUUCUGGAAGGGUGAUAUGGUGAUCACUGUUGCCAAGCAAUUGCCAGCCGGUCUUCACCUUUACGAGACCUUCAAUGAGGACCAUGCCUCUUUGCACAGCCUGGGCAUUACAGAUGGAGCCAUUCUCUUUGUAUGGAACGGUAACCAGGUUUGUGGAAUGGAGGUACAAGCAGGUGAGGACUAUGAGCCCGUGCUUCUUAAGGUAUUGUGUCCCACAAUGAGUAGCAAAUUAGAAACCGAGAUGGUGCAGUUCACCGAGACUCAAACAGUGUUCACUCGGAACACGUUGUUUGCUUCUGUACAAGAAGCUCUAGCCCUGUCAACAGGGAUUUCUCCAGAGGAGCUGACGGUUUAUUGCAGAAAGAACUUGGAAAAUAAAGGGUCCACGAAUUGGGUUGCAUAUGAUGCUGAUGAUGCGCACAAGAGCCUUGCAGAUCUGAGGCUAAAAGAUGGUGACUCUAUAUUAGCAUCAGACCAGAAGUGCCAUAGCCUAAGUGUUCUCUCUUUCAAUGGUAUGCCAGUAACUGUAGCUGACCGCAGCUGGCUGCAGGUCAAGAAUUACUGUGGUGAGAGUUUGGCGCAGACUACAGGAGCGACGGUGACAAUUCCGGUCACCAUGGAGAUGUUGAUUGUGGAAAUCAAAGCUAAUGCCAUUGAAAAGCUGAAGCUGAAAGACGAACAAGAAGAUGGGACCUGUUUGAGACCAAUUGACAGAACUGGAAGGCUACUCCCUCCAGUCUGUGAAGAUUUGACUGUGAAGGGCAUUGGAUUGAAAACAGGAAGCAGCUUAGCACUUUUUCCUGGCCACACUCCAACAGAGACACAGCUGUUCUUAUACUUUUCUGUUGGGGACAGUCUUCACUUAAGCCCUGAAAUGGAAAUUGUGGUAGAACAGAGCAUUUCUGUCCGAGAGUGCUUGAAGCUGAUGUUGGAGAAGGCUGGAUUAGCAGGAGAGUAUUGGCACUUAAGGAAAACUGACUGGUGCUAUGAUGCUGGAGAGAUUUUGAAAGAUGAAGAAGCCACAUUGGCAGACAUGAAGAUAACCAAUGGAGAGACACUGGUCAUCAUGGAGGGAAGGCUUCCACCAAAGGGAUUCCUGAUAUUACCUGUCUGGCUCUAUCAGCCUCCACUGAACUCAGGAAGCAGAGGACGCUUUCAAGAGGACCAGGAAAACAUUGCUGAUAGGCUCUGUGCUUUAAAUAUUGAGUCUGCUGCUAGAGAUUUUUCAUUACAACAGUAUAUGGGCACUGAGCUCAAGUACAUGGGUAAUAUUGAGAUAUCCGGGGAAGCUAGUCUGGAGGAUUUAAAAACUCAGGUUUUGACCUUGCCUGUGCUGCAGGAUCCCUCUGUCCCUUCAGUGGAAUUCCUAAGAGUCUGGCUGGUGGAGAAUAAAUGCCCUGUCAAGAUCCUACGGAACCAGCAGCAGCAGCUCAGCAAAUUCAAGCUGGGGGCCAGUGCAGAGAUUGGAAUUCAACCACUGCAGGCAGAAGAGCAUCUAUUGUCCACAGAGUUUUUGCUGCGGCUGCAGAUGGCAGUGCCUGGCGAAAGGUCGUAUUACCCAGCGGAGGAAUUUGUUUGGGACACCUCCAAGGAAUGCACGGCUCGAGCCCUUAAACAGAAAAUUGUACAGCACUACUCAUUGCCACCAGAGCAGAUUGAAAUUGCCAAAUACUUUCCAGAUCAGUUUGAGUGGAUGCCUAUGACCAGCUGGAGCCAACAAGUUUCAAAGAAGAAGAAGAAAAAGAAACUGCAGAGCCUCCAGGGAGCACCUUAUUAUCUGAAAGACGGAGAUAUCAUUGGUGUUAAGAAUCUGUUAAUUGACAAGAAUAAAGACUUCAGCACCAUGGCCGAUGACAUUGGGAAAGAAAAGCUCAGACUCGAAGGCAAUAAUAAAGACAAACGUCAGCAAGCUACUGCCCAUCGGAGCGGAGAUGCCCCAGAAAGCAGUGAAAGACAAACAGUUCGUGCUCGUGCUCGCAGACCCGAGGUGGCCUUGUCAAUCAGUGUAGCAGACUUCAGAUAACAACUGUGGAAUCUGGAAGAGGGUGCCUGGAAGAGCUGAUGAGCUCUUGCAAUGACUGUUAAAAGUGUGGAGCUGAGUAAGAGCGAUUAAAUGAACAGAGUGAUUCACCACCUACUAAAUACACAGGAAUAAAGGCAGCCGGUGGUCUGUUAUGAAGUAAGGUUUGAGGAUAAAUUGGCAAGAGCUGUCAGAUUCUUCACUCCAGUUUGAUGGUGCCCUGGUGAGGUUCCCUUCUACCUUCUCGAACUGGGAAGAGAGACUCAACAGAACGCAUUGUCAGAACAAAGAGAAGAACCUUCUCCAGAGGAACUUUGAUUUUUUUUUUGUCAAUAACUGCCUAAAUCAAUAUUUAAAAAUAAUUAGUUUUCUUCUUGCAAGUAUUCAAAACUAAUUUUUAAAAUACCUAUGCAAUAAAUGGGAAUCCAUUCCCAAGAAAUAAUUCAAAGCUUCUCACACACCAGCAACUGGUGCUUGUUUACAUUGUGGACGCCCAGUGUUGCAGCUGUCCAUGCUUUACAUAGUGUUUUGGUAACGUACUUUCGUGAAAACAUCCCUCUUGCGCUUGUUCGGAUGUGAUUGAGGUAUUGAUUAGAAUUUCACAAGACCACAAAAUCCAGUAUAGAUCUCACACCUAUGUGAAGGCUGUUAUCACUUGCAAAGCCAGUUAGUUGUGAUAUAAAUGAUUUUUAUUUAACGCAGGUGUAAAAAUCGCAAUUAAAGUGGAUUUUAUGGUCUGACUUUCAGUGAGAACCUGACUUGCUGGCAAGGACUGUGGUCCUCACAUGAACACUUGUAACCUCAGGAGCUGCCAGGUCAGAGAAAACUUAGUUCUUUACUGUUGAUGCACAAAUGGUUUAAGUUGAGGUGGAUUCAGAACGCAUACUCUAUGGAAAGGAAUAAAAAUGUUUAUAUAUGAGCCUAUGUUGCCAUUGGAUCACACCUCCUAUAGGAUCAUUGUUUCCUUACUUUAUCUGUCACAAAUGACUAAAAAGCUACUUUUCUUUUGGACUAGUCAUUUUGCCACCUGGGCUAUCCAAUGCCUUAAAAAGAGAACUAACCUCUUGUAAAUAGGAUGGACUAACUGUAGAGCACUCAACGAUGGUUUCUACAUAGCUAGUAGGGCAGCCAAUUUCCUAUUGCUAAGUUGAUAUCGUAAAGCUUUCCUCCACUUUGAAUUUCUGGUUAUUCUGCUGUAUAAGUACAAUCAAGUACAAACCAGGUAGAAGUUAAAUCCUUACCCAGUUCGUGCUUGUUACAAAUGAGUCAGUUUUGUUAAUUCGGUUGUAAGUAGUCCACAUGCUUAAGAAACUAUUACUCACUGAUCCCAUUUAAUAAAAUAUGUUUGUCAGAUUAUAUCAGCUAUAAACUAAUGAUUGCAGAGCAGAUUUGCAUAAAGAAUUUCAAACAGUUGUUUGAAAUGGAGAGUCCAAUUUCAAUUGUUAUUCAUUAACCUCUUCCACUGAGAUUUAUUCACCAUUUAUCACCAUUACAUAGAAAAAUAAGCACUGUUCUUGUGACUUCUUUCAGGCUUCACUUAAAACCUAGAAGUAUUCACUGCUAUUGGGACCUCAAUAAUUGUGUUGAUCUGCACUGGGCUUUUCAGGGCAAUUUAACUAACAGGACUGUAUAAGAUCUGGAUAAUAGAGAAUAGGAGGCAAGAAUUAGAGAAUCAAUUAACAAUAUUGUGAAAACUGCCUGUGAAUUUUGUAAAUGCUAUAGGAUGAGCUUUGAAGUUUUGUUUCUUUAAAAGAGAUCAGAAAAAUGCAUAGAAUUAUAUUUCUCUGCCCAACAGAACACGAUGCAAAAUGUAGCCUUGAAAAUGCAGGUUAAGCACCAGUGGCUCAGUGAAAAAUUUCUUCAGAAAGCGUGGUACUAUGUUGGUACUGCAAUUGUUUCAGUUUUAAAUCAAAAAAUUGCCACAAAAAUUGUUGAGUAGAAUAUUAUUUUGGCGAGCGAUUUGUUUCUUCAAUCUGUGGGGUGUGGAUGUGUAUUAGAGUUUUGCGAUGACAUAAUAUGGUAAACUACCCAUGUUAUAUGUGUCCCUUGUUAUUGCCCAAAUGGGAGAUAGAUUUUAACAAACUAUUAAUAAUGUCAAAUUGAGCUGAAAAGCCUUUAGCAGAGGUGCAUAUGAGAAGAGAUGAGUAAUUCAGUCAGAAGUUAGCAAUUGGCUUCAUUGUGGGGAGGGAAGGUAAGAAACCACCUACACAGGCUGAUUUGAAAGCUAGUUUUAUGGAGACCUUUAGAAAGCAUUUGCUUUGUUUUUGGAGCAGCCUUUACCAGCACCAAGCAGUGGUUUUCUUUUAAAAGAAGUAGCUUAUUUCACAUUAGUUAGUGUGAUUAAAACAGGAACACAGGUGACAAGAUGUCUAAGCUUGAUUAUCAUUAACUUUAUAUUUACUUUAGAAUCAACAGACCAAAUAUGUACAGAAUCCCUAAAGACUUUUAAAAAUGAUUAGUUCAGCCGUUUUUCUUUUAGUCAAUAAGUGGUGUAGCCCUAAUUUGUUGUAGUUCUUUAAGAACUAUUUUAGCCCCUUUGGGGCUAGUUAUUUUCUCCAACAUAUUUUUCCAAAAUUAGUGCCUUGUGCUGUACUUACUUUGUGCCAGUGGAUGCCAAGUAAAACUAGAGUAUCAGUGUAUAUUGAUUCAUUGGUCUUUGGGUGUGAAGGCGUUCAUGUGUUGAAUGCAGACUCUUCUUCCAGGUGGCAUGCCCCAGAUAGGUUCCUCAUUUAUCUCUGACUGUCUCACUCUCCAUACAGCAGGCUUUGGCUUCUGCCACCCUUCCAACAGUGACUGUGCUUCGGAAUUGCCUGUGCACUGACCCAUCAGUAGCCUUGGAGAUGACUAAUAUCAGCUUCACAUUAGAUGCAAUGCUCACAUAAGAGAGGGACCUUGCCUGUGUUUGCCCGUUUUCAGUCAAUGGAGCAUUCCACAUGGUGGCAUAACGAAGAGGGAAAUGUAAACCCCUUCAGGCACUGAUGGGGGCCUCUAACUAUUAAAUGAUCCUGAGGCAACCUUAGACUAAAUUUUCUUCCCCACCACUCUGUCUGCCUCCAGCGGAUGGAGUAAGUAUAGAGACAGAGGAGGAUAAAAGAGUGCAACAGUUGGGUGGUUCAGUUUUAAAAAGUGAAACCCUAUUAAUGAAAGAAGAGCCACAAAUUUAUUACAUAAUUAUAUAAGGCAAAUAACAAGACCACUUAUAGAAGGUGCCCCAUUACUUCAGGAGCUGAUCAGUACUUAUGAAUGGUUUGAAUCAAUUCUUCUUUAACCAUAGUCUUUGUAUGCAACUUGAAGUUUUCAUUGCUGUUUUGGCCUCCUUUUGACUGCGCACUGCCACAAGAGAUGGCCCCCGGGAAUUUCCUGGGGAGCAUUUCCCAUUCCACUACUGGAGCUCGCAACAAAUUUUCACCAAAGUUACAGGAGAAGCCAUGAGAGAGUUCCCUCCAAGACUCUCAGCAGAACAGGGCUUUAUGCAGUUCCCUGUUGUAAUUAAUUCGGACCCCGGUAAUUAGAUUUGGGGAUGGAGAGGGAGAAAAGAUGGUUUUACAACAUUAUGUAAGAAAGAUGGAAAGAAAAGCAAAUCAUGUAUUAGAAUGGAAAAAUUGAGACUUUGGUUUGAAGGAAUUGCAUUUUUCAUGUUCCCUCUGGGUUGUGGCCUAAAAAGCAGAGAGAAGCAAUUGCAAGACUAGCAAGGAUGCAAGUCUGGUGCUCAGAAGGGCUUUAGUAUCUAUUGAAAGGAAAUCUUAUACAAACUGCUGCAGAUUAAUCCUCUCCAAUGUGAGCAACCAACUGUUUAUCAAGUAAUUAUUCUAAUAUGUUUUGUGGGGUAGGGGGGAAAGCCUUCUUUAUGAAUUUUCCUAAGAUGUUGGAAUCGGUUUAUUUUUUAUCAAGAACAGGCACAAGUGCAAUAAGUAAUGUAAAUCUCUAUAAAUUGAUUAAAGACUUUAUACAAAA